CUCGUCCUGCUUCCUGCCUCGCCUCCCUCGCAAGAUGAGCCACUUCGGCUUCCCGGAGCAACACCGGGAGGAUGCCGCUCCCUCGCGGCACUGGCCGGGGCCGGACUCCGCCCCAGCCGGCUCCUGUCCCAUCGAAUCUCCCCUGCUCAGCUCGAGCACCAGCUCAUUCGACCAGCCUCCCGGUGACCAGGCACCAAGACUCAUGCUCCUUCUGGACCAAUUUGACCACGACACCUCCCUCUCGCUGUCGCUGAUGCAACGCCGCGCCGAGCACCUGAAGCGUGAUUUGGAGUUGACCUUUCAGUCGAAGCUCCGUGCGCUGGCCCGCUUCCGGGACAUCACCCUGGCCGAGCUGCUCGAGGCGCAGGGGGACCCGGCGCGUGCCCUUCAGCGUCGCGUGUCCCGGCGCAUGCGCCAGAUGGCCGAGCAGGCGCGAGCCGAAUUGCCCCAGCCGGCCGAGCGGCCCGACGCUCUGGCCGCUUCGGACCCCGCGCCGCCCAUGGGCUCUCCCUCACUGGCAGGCCCCGGCACGACAUCACCAUCCCCGCCGGGGCAUGCAUCUCGCCGGCAGGUGGACAUGUCGAACCCCUCCGCCCCCGCCCAAAGCAACCGCCGCGCCACCAUGACCUUCAGCCCGGCCACCAUUCGCCAGUCGUGGCGCGCAUCGGUGGCCCGGGCAUCGACAGCCAGCCUCGAUGAAAUGUCGGCCGUCCGGUGCCGGAAAACCACCCUCCCAGCCGGCGGUGCCCCCGCCGCUCGACGCUUGCCAAGCGCCCUUGAGGAGGACUCGUCCUUCCAGCCCGAGAUCCUUACCCUCUCGUCACGUCGGCUCCGCGAGGCCUCGCUCACACCGCUCGAUACACCGGCCCCGCUUCUUCGGUCCCGGUCAUCGCUAGCGCCGGCGGUCGGGCAAUCUCCUCCCCUGCGUCCAGUCGCCCUCCCCUCGCGUGCUGGCCUCUAUAAUCGCCACUCCUCCCGGCCGAGUCUCUCUCUUGCCCGGCCGACCAUGUCCCCCCGGCGGACCUCGCUCUCUGCCGGAGGCCGACCUCCGACACGCCAUACAAUGGCCCCCUCCCAUGGCAUGGCCGCCCAAAAGGCCAGCCUUUCAAUCGGAUCCCGAUCGACGGCCGCCCUCCCCCGGUGCCGUCUCUCGGACGCCGAUCCACCAGUCUGCCACACAACCACCCGAGCCUUUUGGAAAAUGACAUCAACAGAAUGAACACUGCCCAGCGUCGCGGCAGCGUCGCUCCGGCGGGUCCAGCGCCCCCGCUGCUCAAGGCACACCAUCGCUCCCAUUCAGAUCCCAAGGCGCCGCCCCCCGGCGGGGGAGCAUCCCUUGCGGCGUCUCUCGCCGGUGUGACGGCUGCCGCCGCUGCCGCCGUGGCCGCCGCCGCCGCCACCCCGCCGGACGGUCACCCAGCUCCGGGGAGCGACGCGCAGCUGAUGUCCGAGGCGCUGCAGCUCCAGCGCCAGGUUGAGUCUCUCCUGGCCCGGAUAGCCGGCGGCAACGCGGCAGCGUCCUCCCAUUGACCAAGAAAUAGAUGCAUUUCCCCGCGGGAGAGCCUGCCAUGCCUGCCACAGGACGCAUGUGCCCCAUGCACACCCACAUGCCAUGCC